AUGACAAUUAAGCAAAAUUUAAAUACAAAUAUCAUUAAAGAUGAAGUAAUAGACUAUGUAUACUUAUUUAAUACUUUUGAUAAUGAUUUAGAUUUACAAGAUAAUGAUGAAGAUUAUAAUCAAGUUAUAGCAGAAGAGGAAACAAAUAAAAAAAAUUUAAAAAUUAAUAACCCUCAAAAACUAUCUAUGAAUGAGGCCUUAUUAGCAACAAUAUUAAACUCAUGCAAUAAGAAAAUAAAUAAAGCAACAGCUAUUGACCAGCUUAAAGCUAAAAGUCUUUUAAAUACAAAAUAUAAGCUUUUAAAAUCUAAUGAAUUUGAAGCUAAUAUACAAAAUAAUUUAAAAAAAAAUAAGAAAAAUAAACUACUUUAUGUAAUAUAUGGCUCUAAUUUAUAA